GACGUCACAAUGUACAGGAGACACUGCCACAUUAGCUCUCUGUUUCCAAUGAGACACAAUGCUCACUUUCCAGAGCCGUGACUUUUCCAAAUCAUAACAGGAAAUGAUGCUCCAAGCCCUGGCAAGCAUCCCCUGUGCGCGGCUGAUUGAACGGAACCGAACAUGCUGGUGGUUUUUCCUCUUGAUCUUGGGCUACCUGCUUUACCUUCUGAUAGGGGCAGCAAUAUUUUCGGCCGUGGAGCUGCCACAUGAACACCUUCUCCGGGAGGAGUUGCUGGACUUAAAGCAUCUCUACCUGCAGGAGAAUGAGUGUCUGACUGAAGAGAGGCUGGAGAGGUUCCUGAGCCGAGUUCUAGAGGCCAGCAAUUAUGGGGUGUCAAUGUUGAACAAUGUCUCUGGGAACCCCAACUGGGACUUCACUUCUGCCCUUUUCUUCGUUAGCACAGUGCUCUCCACCACAGGAUACGGGCACACAGUGCCGCUCACUAAUGGAGGAAAGACCUUCUGUAUCAUUUACUCCAUAAUUGGGAUCCCUCUGACACUCCUCCUAAUCACUGCACUGGUACAGCGGAUCAUGGUGCAUGUGACCCACAGACCCAUUUCCUACAUCCACCUCCGCUGGGGGUAUAGCAAGCAGACUGUUGCUAUCAUUCAUGCACUGCUCCUAGGGUUCGUGGCUAUUUUGUGCUUUUUCCUUAUACCAGCCGCGGUUUUCUCCUCUCUCGAAGAAGAUUGGAAUUUCUUAGAAUCUUUUUACUUCUGCUUCAUUUCCCUGAGCACCAUUGGCCUUGGAGACUAUGUGCCCGCAGAGGGGCAAAACCAGAGAUAUCGCCAGCUGUACAAGUUUGGCAUCACUUGUUACCUGAUCUUGGGCCUAAUUGUAAUGCUUGUGGUUCUGGAGACUUUCUGUGAGCUGCAAGGGCUGAAGAAAUUCCGGAAGAAAUUCUUUAGGAAGAAAGUGAAAGAAGGAGACAAAAUAAACAUCAUAGAACACGAUCAGCUGACCCUUGCGUCCAUUUCAGAACAAGCUGCGUCAUUAAAGGAGGAGCAAAUGCUGAAUGAACUCUCUGCAUCUGAUGGUCCACUAAAUGGCGAUCAGUAGGACAGGCUUGUGGCCAUUAAGGAUCUCAUAAAUAAUAUAUAACUCUAAUUCACACACACACAAAAAACUUCCAUUUAUUUUUUUUAUUAAAGGAAAGGUUCUGAUCAAAAAGAACUAGAGGCGUGACAGAGACAGUGGGGGUCUGAUACAAUGUGCAGUUGACCUGCAUUUUAUUCCUCUAGUUUAAUUAUUGAACGUUUUGUUUUCUAGUCUGGUACUGAUCAUAUGCUGCAAAUCUUACCGUCAUUUUCCCUAGCAGACUGUUGACCGAAUGGAACAUAACUAAUCAAAUUAUUGAAUAGGAACUUAAGCAGUCAAAUGAAAGAGAAAAUAAUUAGCAAUAAAAAGUUAGCCUUC